UCGUUAAAAUAAAAAUUAAGAACACCUCGAAUAAUCAAUUCCGGCACACCCAACUAAAACAAAUCAAAACCAAUCAUCCAAAUUCCUCUAGUUGUUACCCUUCCGCAACUAAUUAUCUUCAACUUCGCUCAAAUUAGUUACUAAAUCUAAUUCUCUUCCUCGAUUCCGAUUCUCCGCAUAGAUUUGGGAUUAGGGUUUUCCAUUUCCAGAAACCCAACAUUUCUCGCACAAAUGGUUGACCAAUCGGUUCUAUCAAUAACAAACCAACCUUCCGAUUCUUCCACUACAGUAUUAUCCAAGGGUUUCACCGAUUGGAUUUUCGACUGCCACGGCUUCUGGCACAAUGCUGUGUUGAUUGUUUCCUCUUUCCUUUUCGUUAUGUAUUUGGCUCUUCAAGCCAGGAAGAGCUUCGUUAAACUCACCAAUGGCCGCUCUUACAUCAUUAUCUCUUAUUACGCCUCUCUUUGGCUCGUCAGCAUCCUUAAUCUCGCCUGGUGCUUUUCUCAGGUAUGGGAGUGUUCUGCUGGGAAAGAGCUAACUUGGAACUUGUUGUCCUUGUUUACAUCUUCUGGAAUGCUGUUUCUAGAAGUGAGCUUGCUGGCGUUUUUACUUCAGGGGAAUAAUGCAAGUGGCGUAGAGGCGUUGACACGAACCUUCGGUAUAUCGGGUAUCAUCGUUGGUUUUGAUGUCUUGUUGAAGGCUAUCUAUUUGUUUGCAUUUGGGGUCCCGUUGUUCAUUGACACCGAUUACAGUACUCCCCGUGUGAAGUGGAACUUAUGGGUUGUUCACAAGCUAGUCCUCACUGUUGUUUAUGGGUUCAUAUUGUUUAUAUAUCAUUCUAGGUGGAGGGAGAGGUUACCCGCAAGACCGGCGUUCUACAAGUAUGUUAUUAUUAUGUUCAUCUUGAAUGCAAUUGCUUUGUUUGCUUGCGGGCUUACUGGAAGCGGAGCUGGUUUUGCUUUUUGGUUUUAUCGCGUCACUGUUGUGUGCUACCAUGCCUUUUAUCUUCCGUUGCUGUAUAUUACUUUUCUGGCAGACUUUUUUCAGGAGGAAGAUUUUCACAUGGAGAAUGUGUAUUACUCUGAAAUGAAAGAUGCCGGUUUCUUCGAAUCAGAUUGGGACUGAUGUGGUAUCAAGUAUUAACUGUAAGAUUAGAUUAAUAAGUCCUCAAUAUAUCAAUUGCAGGACAUUCCUUUCACGACAUUUGUAAAUAACUAAAUAUGUUUGUAGAUCGCGUUGUAUAUCUUUCUUUCUGUUAGGGGAAAAAGUUUAGUAUAUAGUCACCUCCUUGAGUAUUUUGAUUA